AUGCUAGUUAUACUUCUGAACUGUGUUACUUUGGGCAUGUAUCAACCGUGCGUGGACGACCAAUGCAUAACGAGAAGAUGCAGAAUCCUACAAGUGUUCGACGACUUCAUAUUUGCAUUCUUUUCACUAGAAAUGAUUGUGAAAAUGAUCGCUAUGGGAGCGUACGGUCCCUGUACUUACCUCGCAGACUCAUGGAACAGACUAGAUUUUUUCAUCGUUAUCGCAGGUGCUCUGGAGUACUGUUUGAACGUGGAGAACAUAAAUUUCUCUGCCAUACGAACAAUAAGGGUGCUGAGGCCGCUUAGAGCCAUCAACAGGAUUCCAAGUAUGCGCAUAUUGGUCAUGUUGCUUUUGGACACUUUGCCAAUGUUGGGUAAUGUGCUGCUGUUAUGUUUCUUCGUGUUCUUCAUAUUCGGUAUCAUUGGAGUGCAGCUAUGGGAAGGCAUACUUCGACAAAGGUGUUUCUUGAAACCUCUACCAAAUGUCACUUAUCCCAAGAUGUUGCCGGCAUACUAUACGCUGAACGACGAAGAAAAAGAUUACAUUUGUUCGAAAAACGACGACAACGGCAUGCACUCGUGUUUCGACUUGCCGCCCACGCGCGGUCACGACGCGCUGAUUUGCAACGCCACGGCCAACAUGGCACUCGCCAACGGGUCGUGUGUCAACUGGAAUCACUACUACACGGAGUGCAAGUCGCAGGGUGAGAAUCCGUUCCAGGGCACCAUAUCCUUCGACAAUAUCGGCCUGGCCUGGGUGGCCAUAUUCGUUGUCAUCAGCUUGGAAGGAUGGGUUGAUAUAAUGUAUUACGUCCAAGACGCUCAUUCAUUCUGGGACUGGAUUUACUUCGUGCUGCUCAUCGUGAUCGGAUCAUUUUUCAUGAUAAACUUAUGUUUAGUGGUCAUAGCCACACAAUUUUCCGAGACAAAAAAGCGAGAAAUGGAAAGAAUGAAAAUGGAACGAGCUCGUUUCCACUCAACCAGCACACUGACCUCGUCGACAAACAACUCCGAGCCUUCGUCCUGUUACGCCCAAAUGGUUAAGUACGUCGCUCAUCUGUGGAGGCGAGGCAAGCGGAAACUGAUCAAAAAGUAUCGGGUGUGGAUGCUACGGCGGCAAACCGAAAGGGAGGAGAAGGCGCAGCGGCAGAACGCCACCACCGUCGCGCUCCUAUCGCUCAACACUAAUAACAACGACAAAAACGUUAAUUUUAUAGAAACAAACGAUAAUAAGUACGGAAAUGGUGCAAGAAAUGGCGAUGAAGAAUCGUCUCAGCCAAUGCUCCGGUUUAUGGAUAACGCUCAAAUCGAUUCGAGCGGGAACCUUCUAAGUCCGGGGUCGACAUCCAGCAACGGCGGAAUCGUGUCAAGGAGACGGAGCGUCGUAGUGGCUUUCAGCGACGAACUAAUUACCAGGAGUGGUCCCACCACUACCGCCGCCGCCGCCGCUGCCGCCGCCGCUGCUGCUGCAGCUGCCGCCGCCGAUGCCGGCGCUUCGUCCGCCGCGGUAACGACGUCCACUGCCUCCACCGCCGCCGCCUCGGCAAACGUCGCACUUUGUUCGACCGAGAAGACAACGCAGACGGUCGAUGGGACAGCGUGGAACACGUCUUCCUCCGUCAAUACCACCAUAGUAGCACUGAAUAACGCCGUGGCUGACUCCGACGAGCAGGACAUGACGUGCCAGGAACUUUUAGCUAUCAGCGGUGCCCUGUCGGCAGCCUUACCCACCGGACAAUCAGCUCUGACGUCGCUGCUAAAGGCACUCGGAAAGACUGGGAGCUCGUCCGUGGCAACUAUCGUACAAAAUGUGAACCGCACCACCAACAACAGCAACAUCCACAACAAUAACAACAACAACCACACAAACAACAAUAGAACGAAACGUCACGCACUCAUGGACAGGCAAUCGGAUGGUGAACUGAUGAUGGACAAUGACCAUUUGGAGAGUAAAAACAAAGCGUGCCUCACCGACGCGGUGGGUUGCCUUCAGAUUUAUUGUCUGGUGGGUUGUUCCCUGUUGAGAGAGUGUAUAAAGCUCCUUGUCAACCACAGACGGUUCCAGCAGUGCAUUUUGUUAGCAAUACUUAUCAACACGCUCAGCAUGGGCAUAGAGUACCACAAUCAGCCUACCGAGCUCACUGUAAUUGUGGAAUAUAGCAAUAUUGUUUUUUCUGCGAUAUUUGCCGCUGAGAUGUUUUUGAAGGUAAUCGCCGAGGGGCCGUGCGGUUACAUCAGUAAUGGUUUCAACGUAUUCGAUGGAAUCAUUGUCAUAUUAAGUAUAGUGGAAUUGACGCAGUCGUUCGAAAACACUAGUGGACAACGGGAAGGCAAUUCGGGGUUAAGUGUGCUGAGAACAUUUAGACUAUUAAGGAUAUUGAAACUUGUUCGAUUUAUGCCAAACCUACGUCGUCAGCUGUUUGUCAUGCUCCGUACAAUGGAUAAUGUUGCAGUGUUUUUUUCACUUCUAAUUUUGUUUAUCUUCAUAUUCAGUAUACUGGGCAUGAACUUAUUCGGAUGUAAAUUCUGUAGCCGAAAGAAUGAUGGAACAGGGGAUGAUGUAGCGUGCGACAGAAAGAAUUUUGACUCGUUGUUGUGGGCGUUAGUCACUGUGUUUCAGAUUUUAACACAAGAAGACUGGAAUAUAGUGUUGUUUAACGGAAUGGAAAAAACGAGUCAUUGGGCUGCUCUUUAUUUCGUGACGCUGAUGACUUUCGGCAAUUACGUGCUGUUCAAUUUACUUGUAGCAAUUUUGGUUGAAGGAUUUUCUUCAGAGCGUAAUGAACGCAGAGAAAGAGAACGACGGGAGCUCGAGAGGCAACAACAGUCAUCGUGGUGCAAAUGCACCUGUUCAUGUUAUGGCGAUGACAAAGGGGAUUGUGAAAUGUGUACAGAGAAAAAAAGCCUAAAUGGAAAACCAAAUACUGAGUUAAAAAUCGAAAACCCGAACCGAGACAUUAUAACCAAUAAAUGUAAUACACACAAAGACACUUCAUUAGUAAUUGCUCCACCUCCACCGAUAAUCACACAUACGGCGGCCACACCACAAGACUCGCCAAAUGCCGCUCACGAAUCAAGGGAUUUUCGGCGAUUUCAGUCACUAACACCAUAUACAUUUUUGCCGUUUGAUACAAAUGGAAGCGGAUUUUCGAUUGAUUCAAUUGACUGUUCAGUGCGUUCGUCAACAAAUAGCUUGCAGAGUGUUUCUAAGUUUCCUAAAAUCAACAACAGAACUCCGCAGAUCUCCAGUCCACAAAAGUUAGUAGUGAAUCAAAGUUUUGAAACUAUACCGGAAGACAUUUCUUAUAGUGGAGAAAAUGGUGAAAAACUUCAAAGACGAUAUUCGUGGAAAAUCUCGAGACCCUCAUUGAGGCGAAAGUCAAAAUUUAGUAAUGUAGAAUGUGAAAGUGAUGAUCAAGGAAUACUGGUUUUGAACAAUAGCCAUUCAGUGAAUUCAGGUGUUGGACAAGACCACUCUCAAUGUAAUGGCGGCGUUUCCAAAAGUCCAUCGCCAAAUUUCCGUGCGACAAACAAUAUGUUGUCCGACUAUAAUACUAUUGAAAAGUCUCCAUCCACUGUACAACAGAGCACAGUCAAUUACGUUCUGGCCAGUUGUCAGUACGACUGCUGUCAGCCGUGCGACACAGAAGGGUGCGCAGGGCCGGCCGACGAAAAGUCUUCUGAACCAUGUUGCGACUGCGACGCUGAGUCUAGCACCGCCAAGGUAAACGUCCGCAAGGUGUUCUAUUUCUUCGAGGAGAAGGGUUGGCUCAAGGACCGAGCCGAAUAUUCGCUGUACAUAUUUCCGCCGGAACAUGGUUUCAGGCAAUCAUGUGGAAAGUUCAUCAAACAAAAAUGGUUCGACAACGCAGUGCUUACGUUUAUAGCAUUGAACUGUAUUACGUUGGCCAUGGAGAGACCGAACAUACCACCGGACAGCAACGAGAGGACGUUUUUGGGUACGGCCAAUUACGUUUUCACCGUGGUGUUUGCGCUCGAGAUGUUUGUCAAAGUCGUAGCCGCGAGCAUGUUCUACGGCAGUGAACCAUAUUUCAAGUCUGGUUGGAACAUUAUGGACGGAUUACUCGUAGUAGUGUCUAUCAUAGAUUUGCUCAUGUCACUAAUCUCCGAAAGCAGCCCAAAAAUAUUUGGAAUACUGAGGGUGUUUAGACUGUUAAGAUCGUUAAGGCCAUUAAGAGUGAUCAACAGAGCCCCGGGCCUGAAAUUAGUUGUACAGACUCUGCUGUCAUCUUUGAGGCCAAUAGGCAAUAUUGUACUGAUUUGUUGUACAUUUUUCAUAAUUUUCGGUAUUUUAGGAGUUCAACUUUUCAAAGGGACCUUUUUUCACUGUGAGGGCCCUAAUAUCAAACACGUACGUGAUAAAAAGGAAUGCUUAGCUGACAAGAAAAACACGUGGGUCAAUCAAAAAUAUAAUUUCGACGAUCUGGGCAAGGCGUUAAUGUCUUUAUUCGUGCUGUCGUCCAGAGACGGUUGGGUAAACAUCAUGUACACGGGUCUGGACGCCGUGGGAGUUGAUCAACAACCGAUUGAAAACUAUUCGGAAUGGCGACUUUUGUAUUUCAUAUCGUUCAUACUGCUAGUUGGGUUUUUCGUGCUUAACAUGUUUGUUGGCGUGGUGGUGGAAAACUUUCACCGAUGCCGGGAAGAACAAGAAAAAGAAGAACGAGUCCGGCGACUGGCUAAACGGGCAAAGCAAAUGGAAAAAAAGCGGAGAAAAAUGCACGAACCGCCGUAUUAUAGAGAUUACAGCAGCGCCAGGCUAUUGGUGCAUAGCGUAGUCACAUCUAAGUAUUUCGAUUUGGCCAUCGCUGCUGUUAUUGGUCUUAAUGUGGUCACGAUGGCACUAGAAUUUUACAUGAUGCCUAAAGCGUUAACAUACGCGUUGAAAAUAUUCAAUUAUUUUUUCACCGCCGUGUUCAUACUAGAGUGCGUGAUGAAAAUGUUGGCACUGGGACUUCAGCUUUACGUGAAGGACAAAUGGAAUAUAUUGGACAUUGGCAUCGUCAUAUUGUCCAUAGUGGGUAUCACGUUGGAAGAAUUAGAAUCUAAAAUCAUACCGAUUAAUCCGACCAUCAUCCGAGUGAUGAGAGUGAUGAGGAUCGCUAGGGUUUUAAAGUUACUGAAAAUGGCUAAAGGAAUAAGAGCUCUUUUAGAUACUGUGAUGCAAGCAUUACCACAAGUGGGAAAUUUAGGACUUUUGUUUUUUCUAUUGUUCUUCAUAUUCGCUGCAUUGGGUGUAGAAUUAUUUGGAAGACUCGAGUGCAGCGACGAGCACACGUGCCAAGGCCUGGGCGAACACGCUCACUUCGGAAACUUCGGCAUGGCAUUUCUAACGUUGUUCCGAGUGGCCACUGGUGAUAAUUGGAAUGGCAUCAUGAAGGACGCACUCCGUGAGGACUGCGAUAACGCGGCGGACUGCGUGAAAAACUGUUGCGUGGCCGACGGCAUAGCGCCCAUGUUUUUCGUUAUAUUUGUGCUAAUGGCGCAGUUCGUGUUGGUCAACGUAGUGGUCGCUGUUCUCAUGAAACAUCUCGAAGAGUCUCACAAACAGAUGGAAGACGAAAUGGAUAUGGAAGAUCAAUUGGAGAGAGAAAUGGCUGCAGAGGAAGAAGAACAAUUGGUUCAAAUGGCCUUAGACCACGAGUACUCGAUUCAAAAUCCUUUAUGCAAAGAGUUUUCGCUACCUGCCGACUUUACCUUUAAAAGUUUGCCGCCUUCACCUCUAUACCAAAGUCAAGGACGACGAUUUUCAUUUAACUCUUGGAGUGGUAGGAUGGCGGAACCUACUAUCGUGCCAUCACAAAGGAGACGUCAGACCGUCCAGGAGUCAAACAUGCUCGUUCCUCCAGCACUUAUGCCCACUUUUAUGAUACCUCAUUUCGAAUCCAGGAAUCGGAAGAUGUCCUUGAGCGCACAACCACGGAAUGAUGUCAGUCGUAGAGACAGCGUCCGGAGUUCAGGUUCGCAGCGGCCGGCGACGGACCAACUGGACGCCGCCGGUCAACAGCAGAAGCAACAACUGCAACCGCUGCAUCAACUGCAACAGUUCACAGACUGGCAGUCGUCGGCGAACCAGGUGAAGCUGCAGGCGAGGUGCGUCUCGGAAGCGAUCGCCGGCAGUCAAGCAGCCGGAAGCGGAAGUAGACACUCGAACCGCGGAGAUCCGGUAGCCGCGGCCAAGACCAACAAUGCUGUCGCCGCAACGCUGCUGACCGUACCGGCGACGCCCAAUCCAAACGCGCUGGCUCCUCCGCCACCGACUCCGCCGCCGUCGCUGUCCCGGUCGUACGUCACACUGGCCAUACCCGAGGAGUGCGCCGUCGACGUGCCACUGUUGCGGUCUCGUUUCCCAGUGGUUAGGCGGCCCGAAGACCCGACAUCAUCCGGUGCGGCCGCCGCUGCUAGUCCGGUCAACACGCUUGAUGUGCGGAUCGAAGCGAACGUCAAAAGAAAGACCUGAGCAGCCCCCGGCUGACACUAUCAAUAUAAUGAUACUGUUAUUAUUAUUAUUAUUAUUAUUAUUAUUAUUACUAUUAUUGUUAUCAUCGUCGUCCUCGUUAUCGUUAUCAUCGUCGUCGUCGUCAUUAAUAUUAUUUUAAUUAUUACGAAAUUCGCAUCUCCCGGUGUAGAUUAUCAUCAUUUUUGCAAUUUUAUCGUGUGUAUGCAGAGCAUUCAGCUCUUGGGGCCAUAUACAUUGUUCACCAAAAAAUGUGCCCGCUACAGAGAAUAGCUAACAUCACUUAUUUCCAAUAGUGAUUUCGAAAUCACUUAUAUUAUUAAAACACAAUAACGACAUACAUCUGUCUAUGGUCGGGUGUUGUUGAUUGCGUCGAAUACUUAUUAGACUACUUGUGGGUACCUACCUAUUUUUAAUGUCAGUGAAUAUAAUGUGGUAAAUUAAAAAUGAAUUAUAGCAAAAUAUUAUAAUACAGUAAAUUAAAGGAAAAUCGAAUUAUCGUACUAUCAAAAAAUAAUGACUUUUGCGUAAAUUAAAAAAAUAUAUUUCAUCACCCAAAAGUCAUAUAUAAACAAGAUCGCGACGAAGACGUAUAACCCGUCAAUCAGUCAAUCCUUUAAGUUAUAUGAAUCGUAAACAAACGUGGUCUUCGAGAUAACUAUAAUUUUGACAAAACUAGAAGAUCCGAAUUAAAACAUAUUAACAUAAUACAUUAAAGUAUACUUUAAGUUUCACCUAAAAUCUAUAUGUAACCUUUUUUAUGCUGUUUAAUUUAUUUUUUACCCAAAACGAUUUUAUUUGGCCCAAAUUAUGUACAUAAGAAAUUUCUGGUAGUUGAUGCCUGUGAAACGUGAUUUUUACAAAGGCGUUUGUUUAUCGAAAGUUACCACCACGCGCUAGUCCGUCGAGUACUGCUUGCGUCUGAGGGACGUGUCUAUAAUACGUAAUCCAACAACGCGUAGGUAUACAUAUUGUAUUUCACACCUGUUCUAAUAGUUUCUCGUCGUCACGAAUAAGUUAUAUAUAUUAUAAUAUUUUACAAUAUAUUAUAAUUUAUAAUAUUUUUAUUGACCUAAAACCCGUUUUGAUUUUAAUCCCCUAAUUUGUGCUCGAAUAAUAAAUAUACUACCAAUACCUGCAGCUAUUUAUUAUAAUCCGAUCAUCCUAUAUUGUGAUAACAAGUAUUAUUUAUGACUCUGUAAGGGGAUUUAUCGAUUCCGCCAAAAUAUUUUUUUUUGGAAAAAUGUAUGUAUCGACUCCAUAGUCUUGAACUUAUAUAUAAAAAAAUUGUAGAAAUCAAUGAAUCUAUACUAAUCUAUCUAAUCUAUCCAUACUUAGACUGAAUUUGACGUAUUUUACUGAAUUUUUUAUAUUAAACUGAUUAUUUUUUAUUAUCAUGUAUUAGUAUAAUAUAUAAUUUAAAUCAUGAUGAAUAUGAUGUAGGAACAUUAUACAAUUAAUUUAGAAUAUAAUUAGUAGGUUUAAUUCGUCUUAAAAAUAUUCGAAAUAAUGAAUUAUAUGGUAUAGUUUGGUAUAGAUGCGUUUUUCAACGAACCAUAUUGCCAUCACUUUUAUACCUAUCCUAUAAUUAUUCUAAAUAUUGAUAUAUUAUAUAUUUAUAUUUAUUUUAAGACUCGGUGGAAUCAAUAAUCAAUGAAGUCAAUACAUAGAACAUUUGAUUAAGCAUAAUAAAAUAUAGCCAGCGGAGUCGAUACAAAUUUUAUGAAAUAAAUGUAACAUCAGAGAUGUCAAAAAUAAUUUGAUUAGUUUGUACUUUGCCAAAACGCGUAAUUUAUUGUAAUAUUAUUAAUCGUAAUUUUAAGUGUUUCGUGAUGAAUUUUAUUUCUAUGGGUGUUUUUAAACAUUUAAUAAUUAUCAUAAAUCUCGGUAAAGAUACGAACAAAAAAGAGUAGGUAAAGUUAUUAUUUCAAAAAUAUAAUUUAUUCUCUGAAACUAUUUUCUUUACUUCAAACUAUGAUAAUCAUUAGCUAUUAGAAAAAAACAUUACCAAAUCAAUUUCUAGAUAAGUCGUUUUAUGAAAUAUAUAUACUUAUAACAAUUCUAGACAAUAAGAUAUAUAACAACCGUUUACUUCUUUCAAGGACUUGAAGAAAUAUUAACUUUGAUAUGUUGUACUGUCUUAGCGACAAAUUUGUGAAAAGUUAAGGUGUUCAAUAUUAGCAUCAAGCAUUCUUUUAUGUUUAUUAUUGAUAUUAAUCUUUUUAUAAAUAAUUU